CGUGACCAGGCAACCGCAUCUAGUGCAGCCCCACCUCAGGCUCACUUGGCUGGAGACAUCCGCUCCUGGAAGAUGUUCUCCUGCUGCCGGCCCACCUCUGGGGGCUCUGGCUCCCAGGAACCCCAGGGGUGCCGCUUGUUCCAAUGCUGUAGGCUUUGGCUCCAGCAUAAAAACCAACGCCUCAGGGCGUUUAUCAGGAGGCGCCGUCAGGGUGCAAGGGCCUCGGCCGGGAAGGCGCCUCCCAUCUGCCCGACGAAGCCCAGCCGGACGGAGCUGCUGGAGCAGGAAUUCCAACAACUGCUGCCCGCCUUGCUGCGCAGGGAUGUCAUCUCCGUUUUCAUCUUUUUAGACAACUGUCAUGGAUUUGCCACCACCGACGAGGUGCUGGAUCUGCUGUUUACGAAAUAUGGGUGCAUCGCAGCUGCGUGUGGUGGCGACGACGCGGUCCUGCAGCGCUGGAAACUGGCCAUCUGCUGCAUCCUGGAGAUAUGGAUGGACUAUUAUCAGGAGGACUUUUGUCGGCUCCCCCAAUCUGCCUCCCUGAAGAAGAUUCUGGAAUUCAUAAGGCAGCGCAUGCCAGGCACAGACGUGGAGCUCCGUGCCCGGCGUUACCUGCAACAACUCAGACGCCUCCAUGCAGCGGAGCCAGAGGGGGGCGUCCGUGCAGCUGGGCCGGGAGCAGGGGUUCGGCUCACACCCCAUCCCCACGAGCUGCAGGCUGUGGACACCUCCCAGGGCUCUUUGAGCGCUACAGCUUCGGCCCGAGCAAAAGACCCUGAAGCACUUCCGGAGCCCGCCCCAGCCCCAACUGUGGGGCCUGCUGCCUCGGAUGGGCCUGAAGUGCUCGAGGCCGCCCUGGCUGCUGGGGCUGAGGGCUUGGCCCCAGCUGAGGUGCCAGCUGGGGAGGCGAAGCCCCUGCAGAUAGUGGUCACUGCUCUAGAUCACGGCUGCGCCCUGGACGAGCCAC